CACGUUUCUUCACCUCCCAUUCCAACUAAACCCCCUGAGAGAGAGAUCAGCCGCUCUGCUGUUCACUGUGAGCUGAACCCCAGACCCUGCUGACCCAGAGUAAGAGAAAGAGAGGAGGGCUGGUCAUGACCAGGCAGACUGGAGAGGGAAGAUAAUGAGUCUCUGCUAAACACCAGAAAAAAACAAUAAGUUUCCAAACUCUAAACAAGUUGUAAACCCAGAGUUCUGAGCUGUGAGAGUAGAUCUGACUUCAGGGAUAAGAUGGGCUGUUCAUCCUCCAGCUCUCAGACUGUGGAUCAGGAAAACAGACCAGGCUCUAAACCUGAGGAGGCUGGUGAAGACACGGACUUUGUCUCCAGUAAUGGAAUACUAGCAGAUGAUGCAGAAACUAUAGCAGACCAGAUGCAGCUGCCAGUGCAGAGUGCCCUGUCGGAAGAACUAGGCCCUGCAGCAGAAGACAGCGAGUUUUCUGCUGCCAUUGAGGCUCUGGAGACAGUGGAAGUGGUGGCAGAGCAGGCUGAUCUGAUUGAGAGUCUAGAGACUACAGCACCUGAACAGCCAGCAGCUUCCACUGAAACGCCACAGGAAGAUACUGUGGUCAUUGCUGCUUUGGAGGAGCUGAGUCUUGCAGAACCAGCUGAAGCUCCUGCACCUGUUGAGGGUGUUGAAGCAGAAUCUGUACAGCCAGUUGAGGCCACGCCUGCUGAGGAACCAGUGGAAGUGGCUGCUUUAGUAGAAGCAGUUCCGGCACAAGAGCCUGAAGUUAUACCAGCUGCAGAAGAAACCACUGUAGAAUUAGCUACUGUUGCUCCAGAACCUGCACCUGCACCAGAGCCCACUAUUGAUGUAGAACCUGUUUUAGCUGCUGAACCUGUGCCAGUUCCAGAGGUCAGCCCAGUGGCAGAACCAACAGCAGCUGCAGAACUUGCCCCAGCUGCAGAACCUGCCCCAGUUGAAGAACCUGUCCCGGCUCCAGAUCCCAUUGUGGCUGUAGAAUCCACACCAGCCCCUGAAGAAACCUGUGUAGCACCAGUAGCAGAUUCCAGUGCAGUGACAGAGCCUGCAGCAGCACCAGCACCAGCACCAGCGGAACCACCACAACCAGAACCUAUUGCCCCAGCUGCUUCUGAUCCAGAGCCAGUUCAUGUGGAGGUAGCAGUGGCUGCAGUAGCAGCAGAAGUAGUUCUACAGGCUGCACAAGAAUGUGCAGUCCUCACACCAACAAGUGCAGAUACAAAUACCCCUCAGCAACCUGCUGCGGAGGCCCCAGCGGCCCCUCAAGGAGGUGUGGGGGAGGGUCCAGCCUCUCAGGCUGAGGCUGAAGCAGACAUUGCUGUUGCUGCUGAAGAAUGAUGGAGCACUUCAGACACUGCUGAGAGACCAGCAAAAUGGGGGAUAAAACGAGGAUGAGAACAGAGGUCAACAUGUGUCCCUCUUUCAUACACAGACAGUAGUGGGAAAUGGUUAGCCCUGAUACAAUGGUGCCUUUAUUCCUGUGAGUCUGUGACUGUUUCUACUGAGCAUAGUGUGAGCAAGUGUGGCGCAAAGAAAUAAAACUCUUCAUAACUCGCUUUCUCUGAGGAAAAACAUACCAAAAAAUGAAUAACUGUGAACUGUGUGUGCUGUAACAGACAAAAAAAUCUUUGUAUGGGAUAGUAUGGUGUAAAUGUGAUUACUGAGCUGUUAGUUCUCACCUGUCUGGUUUUUCCUCUACUCUUGUGUCUGCAUUGUCUGUGAGGCUGAACAAACAGGUUUCUUCUUCGUUCUCUAAGGGCAUCAGUGCAUUGGUAUAAAUAGAAGACCAAAAAUACAUAUCAGGAUAUUAUGUGUACCUUAUUGUUUCUACUCUCAUAUCCAUUAAUUCAGCUCCACUGGUCGUAUACAGUACACAGGUGCACGUUGUAAUAUAAUUACAGGCAAUAGUCCUUUAGUUUCUCUGCAUACUUUAUUAUCAUCAUUUCACCCUAUUCUUCAGUCAUCAAGACCCCACAGGACCUCCACAGGACAUUAUAGUGUGUGUUAUAGUAUGUAGUGGAUCAGAUAGAGCAGGGCUUCUGGAGUUUUUAAACAUCUCAGUGGCUACGUUCACAUUACCAGGCUGAAGUAACUCAAAUCUGAUUUUUUUUUACUCAAUGUGGCUCAGAUCUGAUUUUUUCAUGGCUGAGUCACCUUCAUAUGUGAUCCUAAUCGGAUACGUAUCCGAUCCGUGGACAUGCGGCAUUAAUGUGAACUGUCAAAUCGGAAUUGAUGCGUCUUUUUGCGUUUUAGGCAUGCGCUACGUGCUUCUCUCUUGUACCCACACAUCUCUUGGUGCAGCUGCAAAACAGCAAAAGCAAACCGCCUGCCCUUUUUUCUCCUCCUCGAUCUGAGCAUGUACUUCAGACCAGCUGUUUACUCUCCACUCCAGAAAAAGAUGCUCCACAUAUGAGCUGCUAACGCAUCCAUUUCCCCUUUAUAAAGCUAAAGUCGUCUCUGAAAUAUGAUUUUUUUUUGUUGUUGUUGGUAAAGUAGGUGACGUUUAUACAGAUAUUAAUGUGCACAUGUGAGAGGUUUCAGGGACAGAUUCGUUCACUUUACGCACAGAUACAGCUCACUUACAUUUGUGAAUGUGAACCGUCAAGAUCUGAGCAAAAAAACGAAUUUGAGCAACGUAACCAGUGUCACUGCUGAACUGAGAAUAGAUCCCCAACCAUACAUAUCCAGCCAGCAUUGCCUGUGGAGCGUCUUGUGAGCAGCCUCCUGUGGGUAAUAUCCUGUGACCACUGAUAAAGAACUAGAGGUGGACCAACACAAACUGCAACAACAGAUGAGCUUCUGUCUCUGACUUUACACCUACAAAGUAGACACUAUGUAGGAAUCUCUAAUAUAGUGGAGGACAGUGGGUGGACACAGUGUUUAAAAACUCAGCAGCACUGCUGUCUCUGAUCCACACACCAACCACCACGUCAGUGUCAAUGCAGGAUGGAUAAUUAUCCACUUCCCAAAUAAUACCUUAUCUGUGGUGGUCUUUUAGGGUUCUGUAGAUUGGGUUGUAAUUCUAGAAAUACAAAGUGCUCCUAUAUGAUCAGUGCAGCUGAAAAAAAUGACAGAGUGGAAAAAACAAGGAUGUAGCCAUAAAACUAUGAUUAUAAUGUAUAAUAUGUACAUAUAAACAUUUUAAAAUAGAUUGAGCUGUUUGAAACUGUUGUAUUGAAUCUAACAGUCAUUAUAGCUGAAUUUUUAAAGGCAAAUGCAUAGAACAAGGAGUAGUGAAUGAAUUAAACAGACGGACAUAUGUAAUAUUUUUAUUGGUAGGGUAUAGUGUGUGCUACCCUUAUUUGUGUGUUCACUAGCUUACUGAAGCUAGUACUGAAAAACUGCAUCCUAUAACUCACACCAGUCAAACCUCUCCUGUAAAAAUGUGAAUUGUGUUACUGGUCCUUUCCUUCCCUCUGUGCUCAGAGUUCACUAUUAUUGGGUUUUUCCUGGAUUCUUAACCGUUUACUCUGUGAGAAUUACAUUAACGGUUUUAUUGGGAAAAUGUAUCUAAUGAAUUCAUAAUCUGUAGCAGGACCCAUGUUGCAAACUUGUAUUGUAGUUGCAUGGGAUUCUUCUUUUUUCACAUUUUUUAGUGUACAGAACCAAUAAAGUUACUUUUACUAAUGAAGAAA